CUCAAAAUGGCGGACGUCGAUGACCGAGGUUCGGCUGGCGGCGAAGAAGAAGGCAAAGAUCUCUGGUAUUGAAACAUGAAAAACUUGUUUGUCUAGAUUACGUUGGUACAGUCCAUGAUGGUGAUGGUUGGCUGUUAUUUAUGUUCCGUAGGUCGUCGAUUUUGAGUGACGUUUCAAGUUCAGCUAGUCGAAAAUUACCCUCUAACAAGGCGAUUGUGCUGUUAGGUACGCAGUGCUUUAUAAAUUGUGACCUUUCACUUCUUGGUUCGUGUUUCGAUUCUCUUUUAUUAAACGAGAACAUUCUUUUCAGGUAACGAUGGCUCGGGGAAAACGACGCUGAUUUCAAAGCUUCGAGGUAAAGAAGAUGAAAUAAGUAAAGGUCACGGACUGGAAUACACAUAUUUGGAUGUUCAUGAUGAGGAGAGAGAUGGUAUGAUCAUAAUUCAGUUCAGUGUGUAAAUACGAUGCUAUUUGAUUUUGGCAUGUGUCUGACAUUUUGUCUUUUCGUUCUCAAUGUAGACAGUACAAGAUUAGGGGUAUGGAUAUUGGACGGCGAUCCUCUUCACAAAGGUCUUCUGCAAUUUGCCAUCACACCUAAAAGUAUUACUAACACUCUUAUCGUUCAAGUUGUGGACAUCUCUAGACCAUGGACAAUUAUGGAAUCUUUGCAUUCGUGGACAGAAGUUCUUCGGGAACACAUUCAUUCACUGAAACUAUCGCCUAAGGAGUUAAACGAAAUGGAGGAACGAAGUAAGUUUUCAUUUUAAAUAGUAGUAGUGAAUAUUCUUACUUCGCUUCGAGUCGAUACAUACGUAGUGGAGUGACUAUUUUUUACUUCUGUUUGCAUAGCUGGUUAGACUCAUGCAUAUGAUAGUUUUUUUAAGUUGUCACUUCUUUUUAUCGGUGUUUGUUCGUCGUGAUUUAGAUUUUCAACAGGACAUCGUUCAAAUUUUAGACGGCGAUCGCUUGAUCUCGAUAUUCACGUAUUCACAGUACCCUAUCAUAUACAGGAAGCAAUAUUGCUUGAAAUAAGUGAUUUGCAAAAUCAAUUUGUGUUUCUGUGAAAAUAAAAUAGAACUGUACAGUUCAAUAAUCAGGGUAAAGUUAUGGCAAAUUUUACGACUGACGUUAAAAAAUACUAAGAUAAUGUUUUCAUCGAAAGGAAUGUUCUUAAAUUAUUUACGUUUACACCGCUUAUUUACUUUUUGCUGCGAUGGAAAACCUAAUUUGAAGCGUCUCUUGAAAUAAUCUUGUUGUGAUUUUCAUUUCAAUGCUUCUAAAAUGAAUCGAAUGGAUUAACAAGGAGGGGGCGAAUAUCAUGUUUAAUUUAUGAAUUUUGAAUUUCUGCAUAGCAGCAUAAGAUCACUUCAAAGUUUUCUUGACAUGCAAAUGUGCAAAAAUUUUAGUUUACAAUAAAUCAUUUGUUGCUAUGAAUGUGGCUGGGAGUGUAUCUUCUUAUAGUGGUAUCCUGUCAUUGUUAACAGACAGAAAUUAUCAUUUUAGAUAAAGGUUUUGCUAUGUAAAUAACAUAGGAUUUUUGGAGAGGAAGAGUGUUACCCUGGUAAAAGUCUUAAAGUUGAAGGUUUUCAUGUGUGAUCCAGUGUGAGAGAUAAUAAGCAUUAAAACUUAGAAAUGAGGAAUUGGAGAAUGGAACAAAAUGUAGUUUGAAACCAAAUAAAUUUGAAUGAUUGUGAAGAAGAUGCAGCAAAAUACAUGGAACUAUGAUUUUUAUACAUAAUCUUUAUAGAUGCCAAUUUGAUACUUACCCUAUAAGUCAACUUAGACUGAUAAUGAUUUAUUUACAAAUCAAUCUCUAACUAUUUUCAUAAUUAAGGAAUUUAUUAUCAUUUAAAACUGCCCUUUGGCUAUAUUCCUGCCAGCCAAACAAUUUUGAAGAAUUUCCAGUUAAAAACUAUUUAAAACUUCUUGAGAGAAUCAGAUGUUGUUUUAAGCACUUCCAAAAAUGAAAUUAAAAAAUCUAUAUGCUAAUAGAGUAUGCCAGUGAAUUUAGCUUUUUGCUCUUUUUCCUCAAAAAGAUUGCUGGCAUUAGGUGUAUCUCAAUCAUGUUGAUACUAAUUUUUUAUCAGUAGCAGUGAUUUGAGUAUUAUUUUGUAUUAUUGUUUAAUUUACCUCCAAAUACAUUGCAAGGGACUAACUUGCACACUUUCAUACAUUGGUAUCCAGUUGUUUGGUAUCCAGUUGUUUUGUGCCCAUGGUUUUUUUGUGCCCAAAUGCUGUCAGUUUGUAUUCAAGUAUGAGAUGGUUCAUACCCAUAUCACUGAUCGGUUUAUACAGUGUGUACAAGUAUUUAAAAGACCAGCCUGUGCAUGAGCAGAUAUCAAUUGUUGCAUAUGACAAGUUAAUUAUUGCUUAGGGCAAGGUAAGUGUGAAAUUUUUGAUAGAGAAGUCUAUUGUUUAUACUCGUGAUUUUUUUUUAACAAUAAAAGCUUAUGUAAGUGUGAUAUUUUCUUCUUCAAUUGUUAACGUGGAAAACAUACAGUAUUAGUUUGGGCACAAAACUACCAAGCUGGGUACAAAAUGACUCAACCGACUGGAUGCAAAACGAUCUAGCUCGGUACCAAACAACAGUGGGUAUGAAAUGACCAGUAACCUAUAAAUUACACUUGUAGUUGUGCGGCAAUUUCAAGAGUAUGCAGAACCAGAUGAAACAACAGAGGACAGGAGAAGAUCAGGAAUAAAAGAUGAAGACAAGGUUCUUCUUCCACUUGAUGAAAAUGUACUCUCAGACAAUCUUGGUCUACCUAUGGUAGUGGUCGUCACUAAGGUAUUUAUAGUACUACAUUAAGGGUUGCUGUUACAAGAACACAGUAUAAAAAGCUGUGUGGCUGUGGCUUUUAGUGAACUGUAUUAAUAAAUACAUAAACAGUAAAUGUAAAAUAUGCUGCCAUGCUAAUUUUUAGGCUCUUAUUGCCAAACCCUUUCACUCCUAAGAUCCCAUCCAUUUAGUAAUUCUCCAUACAACUCUUUUGAUAUUAACAUAGAGCAUUUGGUUUGGUAUCAAAUCCACUAAUGUUUCCCUUGUUGAUAUUUUUCUUGACUGAUGACUGCUUAAUUGUAUUUUAUAUUUUUCUAAUGGUUCUAGUUUGUUUUUUUUUUGUUUCAGACUGACUGCAUGUCUGCGCUUGAAAAGGACAGAGAUUAUAGAGAGGAACAUUUUGAUUUUAUUCAACAACACAUCAGAAGGCACUGCUUGAAAUGUAUCCUCAUCAACAUUACACAUUAUUUAUAAGUAAAAUAAUCACAAUUUGUGUAUUAGUUGUAUUUGCUCUCAGAUACACAGGGUUGUGCAACUCACAAUAAGUACUUCUCACUUAAUGAGUUUCAGGUCUGUACUGCAAUUUACAGACCCGGUUUUUUCCUCUGGGAUUUAUGGUCCAAGCACAUGGCAUGCAAACCAGAAAUCUGGGCAGAAACUACGAGCUACAUGUGUAUGUGUGGACCAAGAAAACAAGAGCAGUAAGAUAUUUAUUACAUCUCUAGGUUCAAGCAGGGGAAGAAGAUUCCAAUUCAAACAAACUUUUAAAUUCAGCUGGCAGUACAGUAAAAUACGGCCCACUUAUAAUUGACCAAUCAUAGCACACAUGCUAGCUGAAUACUCUCUAACGCAAACAAGGGGAUUGAAUGAUCUUGAAUUAUUUCCCUUAUUUUUUAUUUUCCUUGACUGAUAAAAGAUGGUGCUACAUUGUUUUACACCUCUGUCAAAGAAAAUAAGAACUGCACAUUAUUACACAGAUACUUAGUCCAUCAAAUAUAUGGCCUACCAUUCAAUAGUCCAGCUCUGGUUGUGGAUAAGGAUUCAGUAUUUAUGUGAGUAUCAAGAUUGGUGUCAAGUAGUAAUAACUAAACCUUAUUCCAUGGUUUGACCUGUACAUGUAUAUUCUGUGUAGAUGUUUUGUGAGUUGCGUUGUAUUUUUCCUAGUCCUGUAGGGGUGAGAAAAAAUAUGAGCAAUGAGAAAAAUGUCUGCUCAGAAGAAUGGAUUCAGUAUUCCACUAUUACAACACUUCCAGUAUUGUGGCUUCUAUUUUCCGAAAUAAUCCUGGUGGUCUUGAAGGAACAUUAGGUCAUUGGCAUAAGGGGUGGGCAAAAGAUGGAAAGAACGUCAAAAAGACAGGCCCAAGAAAAGAAAAAAACAAUCAAACUAUGGAUCAUUCGAUGAGGCCAUUUUGUUGCUCCACCUUCCAUCUGUAUUUUCACCUGGUCUACAGUGUAAUACCAUGGUGAAAGUUGCAUGUUUUGAUGCCUUAAUAUGGUAAAAUGGCAUAAUAGUAGAAUGAUAAACCAUGUGAUGUUGCAAAAAAUGUCCAUUGUCUCUCUUAUUUUCAUGUGAGAAAAGUUUUAUUGUAGCAACCUUGUUAUGAGUUGGUCACUAAAUAGUGUAGCCUUGAUGUUGAUGGAUGGUUGCUUGUUAUCUUGAAUGAUUAAUGAGGAGAAUAUCAUAUUUUUCAUGGUUGCUUCUUAACAAUCCAGAGGUUGAAACCAUGCAGAUGUUGUGUUUACUUGCACUUUGAUACUCAAAAUGUAUUUAAGGAUAGGGACAAGAACGAUUGCUUUGUAUAUAUUUUAUUUUUCAAAUUGAAAUUGAGAACAUUUUGCUCUAGAGUUGCUUCUCACUUUGCAUGCAGGAGUGUAGAUAUAGAGUUUAUUUGUUGUGUUAAAAAUUAACAAUUCAAUGUUAAAAGAUUAAUAAAUUAAUUAAUCAAAAGCUUUUGUGGGCAAUGCUAGGAAUGGUUCAACUGUAAAAAUUAACUUCACCUACGGAUAUCAGAACAUUUCUGUGCAAACAAGGAAUGAAACUUUAUCACGAAAGUCACUACUAAUACGGUACUUAUAUACAUGAUUGUCACCAAAUUACAAAGGUCACAAACAUGCAAAUUCUCAAAUAUAGUACAUUUAAAUUAAGUAGUGCUGUGGGCAUUAGCUGGAAUGCCCCAGGGUGUGCACACAUUAUUUUUCGGGGAUGAAAUGAGGGAAAUUAAACGCACAUAUUUUGCAAAACAAUGUUGCGUAAUUGAUCUUUUUUUUUAAGUGAGUCAGAAAAAAUAAUAUUUCUUUAUUUUCACAGUCCAGCAGGUUGGGACUCUGUCAAGAAGAUAAACAUUCUUAGUGAACACUUGAAAAAUAUCCAGGCUGAUGAUGCGUUUGAUGAUCAUAUUGUUAAACCUCAACUGAGAAAGGUACUGCUUGAAAAAUGAUUUACACUGUGAAGGAGAACUGUUCUUCACCGGUCUUUUCUUGUCAGUAAUGUGGUGAACUUAAGAUAUGGCCAAGAAGGUUAUAAAAUCGUUAGUUGACUGUAAAACUAGCUUCCAAAUACGGUGUAUCUUGGAUUUUUCAGAAAAAUUCCCCUACUUCAAAAUAAAUAGAAACGCUGAAACAAUUCUUGAAUUCAUUCAAAUCAAUUAAUUAAUUCCUCUCUUAAGAAAAGAGAUUAUUUAAGUGAAUUCGGUUGAGACAGAAACUUUCGAGGCUUCUUAAAUGCACUGCUAUAACACUUCAAUACACGAUUAUUUGUAAUUAUCACAUAGUUGGCAACACCCGUGGGCAAGAUGAGGCGAUUCCUGUGUUCUGAUUGGCUACCGGAGCAGGUAACGGGCCCAUCUUGCCCGUGUGGGAUUACCGUUUUGAUCCCGCGCUUGGAAAAGAAUUGCUUGGAGCAGAGUUACAAAUUUGUAACUUUUGAAUUAUUUCGGCAAUAGAGUCGCAAAAAGUGACAGAAGACAAUAAAAAAAAGAAAGAAAUUAAAACAUAAAUGUGUUUUGUAAGUUUAUUGUGGUAUAAAAACCGAAAAAUACAAGAAUUAAAACACAAAGUGAUAUGAAGGCACGGAAACGGUUUUGCCUCUCGGAAAAUGCUUUAUUGACCAAAGCUUGAUCGGUCAAGGUGGCCGGAUAUAAGUCUCGUUUGACCAUGUACAUGUGUGUGAAGUUUUAAUUCAAAGUGCAUUUGUCUUUUGUCAGCCAAUACAAGACAAAGAAGUUACUGCAGAGGAUGAACAAACAUUCCUCGCAAAACAACAGGUUGGUUUGAAGUGAUUAUUUUGAAGAUUAAAUGUUAUCGUUAUACUAUAGGUACAGCAUUCCAGAGUCCAUUGUCCAACUGUGGAAUACCUACAUAUGUAUUCAAUUUUCCACCGCAGCUGGUCGCAAUUUUGGAUCGUAAAGGAAUAAAUGUGUUUCCGCUUUAGAUCUUCUGUAAAUCCUCGCUUACUAAAUUAUUCCCAAAUCGUUGGCUAGAGAUGUCGACAUUUGCGCACGCUCAGUUAGUCCUUGUAAUUUUCCUAAACCUUUUGUGGUUACAGAGUGAAAGAAAAGAAUAAUUAAAAAAAAAAAAAAAGUUAUAGUUGUGAAAGUCUAAUAAAUCUAAAAAAGUCUAAGAAAUCUAAAACACACGUAAAUAGACCAGGGCAGGGAUGGAUAGAUAGUUUAACUCUCAAAUCAUUUACACAGGGGAGAGGGGAUGGGACACACAACCAAGAAAUUUAAAAUUUUUGCCGUCUAAUUAGACGUCUUAUUAUACCAGCAAUUUACAAUAUAAUAACAUGAUAGUAAAUUAAAUAAGGCACUAUAAAAAUAAUUAAAAAAUAAAUUUAAAUUAAUUAAAAGUAUCUACAUUAUCAUUAAUUAUUUUAAUAUAAUUAUUGCCGUAACAAAAAUAAAGGAUAUCGUAUCGAUAAAAAUCUCUUCUUGCCAUAGCAAAUAUAAAACGAAGGCGUGGCAUAUUAAAUUGGCGCUUAUUUUUGAAGUUAUAGCUGGGUUUAUGUAUGGGUGGAAGAAGAAGAAGCGGGAUGGGACACACACUGAGUGUUUUUGCCGUCAGACGUGGCGCUUUUUCAAGACCACCCAAAAUCGAAGAAUUGGUCAGUACUAUUAUGUCUCUCAUAUAUCGGAUUGUGCCUCAAUUGGGAUAAUAUUACAAUAACUUGAAAACUUCCUAUUUCCUUUGAUAGUCCUUGAUUAUAUUUUGGCCAUACAAUUUACGAUUUGACGACCCGAGAGGGAUUGUUUGAAGAAAUCCAAGUUUAUGGAUACAAACAAAUCUUUUUUAAAAAAGUUAAUCGCCAGGUGGGCAGAAAAGGGAUUUUCUGCAGUGUUAUUCAAGGAAAUCUUUGAAUCUCUCUCUCUUUUUUUAUUUUUUUCUCUAUUUUUAAAAUCUAUCCAACAACAAAGAAAACAAAACCUCGUGUAAACUGUAGAAUAUUGCUUCACCAACUAGAUGUCUAAACCGUUAACCUACUGCUGGCGAAAACUUUGGUUCCUUUGUUUAGGACAUAUCUAAGCCCCGUGCUCCAGCGAGCCCUAGUGGCAGGAUAACUUCAGACAGAAGGCCUUCAGGUGGAGCAAUCUCCGCUUCGCCCAGAGGAGCAAAGGUAGAUUAGCCUUAAGCGUAACCACUUCGUUUUUUUUCAAAGUCCAAGUUUAUAAUUUGUGAUACUUAAUCCUUCGCCGUAAAGAAACAGUUCAUGUUGAUCCCUGUAAGAAAGUCGUUGAUGUAAACUUUGGCUUAAAGGCAGAUUUUGAAAUAUAGAUUGAGAGCGUAGGUUUUGUCAGAUACUUUGAUCCCGCAAAAAGAGAGAAAAUUGCAUGUUACCGAGUGUCAGACUUCGCAUCGUAAAGGCGAGUUUUUUUUUGUUACUACAAAAAUUUUUCCGGCAAUUGUAACAACAAAUCAACGUAACCUAAGUUUGCUGACAACACAACUGAGAAUUGCUCAAAACCUGUUACGAAAACAACUGGAUGGUGACCUCGUGCUUUGUUGUAUUUUGAUGGACCUCAGCUUCAGUCUGGUUACGAAGCUAAAGAAAAAGAAAAGAAAAAACACCAGGCCAUCAUCCAGCCGUGUUGACUGGAUGAUAGGUUAUCAACGUAUAUAUACAGGUAUCGAAGGCAUUGUUUGUGUGGCAGGUCGAAGGUGGAAAACCAGGCGCAGGUGCGGGCACCAGUGAAGGAGUACUGGCCAAUUUCUUCAACUCGUUACUCAACAAGAAGAGCGGGACUGGUACUGCCAUGGGACGAGGCGGAACAGCUGUCAGAAGUGAUGCUGCUGCCGAGUUAGAUCGUAUGAACAGAGCCAAGAAAAUGGUCUCCCCAGGAAACGCGGCUAACGACACGACAGAAUCAUCGUAGGUGUGGCAAUUAGUUUAAUAAGUGGUUGAGGAUGUACAACAGACUUUUGUGACACGCGUUCGGAUUAAGCGCUUUCAUGAAAUUUAUUUUGUAUAAAGCUAGGCUCUUAUAAUUUGGUGUAGGAUAUGAUAGUUUGGAGAAAAGAAAACUAGAAAGAUGUACGUUGUAUUCGACACAAAGAUAUGGGGAGAACUUUUAAAACACAAUGGAAGCCGUGAAUUGUGCCCAAAGUUCGUUUUUUAAUGGUAAAAGCAGAAGUUGGAAAGUAACUGUUAAGUUACCGAGUGAAAACAGCGUUUGUUGUCAAUAGAAAAGUGAUGAAUGGCGAAUGGAAAUGUAGUGCAUACUGAUGAAAAAAAAUUAUAGUUUUGUCUUGGUGUAGACUUUAGACAAAUAUGUUGUUGAUCCUCGAAGGUGUCAGACUCAUCGAGCUUGGGGUCGUUUUUGGAAGGUCAAUUCCUGAAAAGUUAUCGGGGUUUUAAAGGUCUCAAAAUGUGGAGAACACGAAAUAUAAAUUUUAUAAGCCGAUGAAAGGUUAUUUAAGGCUUUUUUUCAUCAGUGACAAAUUACCACUCGUAAACUCUCGUUAAUUACGAUUUUAGAUACUUUUCCAAGAUAUGUGUCAACAGUAAGUGUGUACCAACAAAAAGAGUAUCGAUAAAUUGCUUCUAAUUCGGAGUACGUUCACUAGAAGGUGAGCAUGUCCAGAAACGUAAAUAACUGUCAGCUAAAUUCGCCCAGGACCCGCUGCUAAUGAAUAACCUAUUAUCUUGUGGAUGGUUGUGGGAGAUAAGAACUCUUCUCUUGCAAGUCCGUUUCACUUGUAGUUUGUUGGGUAAAUUAGGAUUCUGACUUCGGCAUUCCCUGUUUCACGCAGCAAAAGCGGGGCGAGCGAGGAAAAAACACGAGAAGGAGGGGGUGUGGGGCAUAAGAGAGCGACCGAACGACUUCCCUUUAAGUAUUUCUUUCGGUAUGACAGAUCCUGUCAUACUCUCUUACUGGUAAAUUUUGUCACAUAACGUCAUUACAUCGCCAAGUGAGUCGUUCAAUUCAUCCACUAAGGAGAAACGUGCCCUCCUCAUGCGCGUGGUCGAGUUGUUUCUUUUCCCCACCCGUUUUUUUUGCUUAUCUCCGCUGAUCAAGAACAUGUGACAUGAACAUUGUAAAUGUCAAGAUCAUGAGACAUAUUACAGAAAAAUCCUCCCAAAUCUUAUUGUAAAUUAUUCUUUAAUAUUUUUUAUUCCGCAACAAGGAAACAAAUUAGGAUGAAGAUUUUGGAGUAAGUCGCAAAGAACUUACCAAUUGGAAAUAUGUCUGGCAUAUUUGAGGAACUUAAAUUGAUCGCUCUCCAACUAUGACAGAUAGUUUUUUGUUCGUCCAUUGUUGCAGUAAUUCAGAGUCUAUUUUGUAACUUAAUUUCCUUGUGUUUGUGGUGACAAAGCUGUUUUUUAUUCAAUGUUUAUUUUGUCAACAAGGAAACAAAUUAGUUUAAUCUGUUUCUAUCCUCUGAAAGCUGUCCAUAACCUUUUUUCAGUAAUGAUAAAUAUUGUCUUGUUCUUGUAAUUCGUUUAACACUUGAAAACUUUCGUCUUGGGGCUUGUUAUGAUUUCGAUUUGUGACGACCAAUACCACCGGAAGAAAGCCUAGAUUUUUUCCAGAAUUCAAUUUGUGCUGCGCGAUUCUCUUUGAGAUAUUAGAAACAUCACUUUCUUCAUCUGUUCUUUGAUUCUUUUACAUUCACGUUGACAUUUGCUUUGAUCUAGUUUCGUUGAUAGAAUUAAUGGUUAGAUUAAGCAAUAGCAAGUUCGUAAUAGUCUGCCCUUGGCCUGAAGAGUUCUUCUGGCAAAAAAUCUUGCCAUGAUGAUUUUGUUUACUUGGUUUUACUAUCCUGUUGGCGCAGCCUCAGUUGAGUGUCGAAGAACCAAAACCAAGGUAAUUCCAGCGAUCAAUCAGAACAAAGGUUUACAUUAUCAAUUGCCAAUGAGAACUCAAAGUGAAAAUAACCAAUCGCGUGUUUCGCAUAUGAUUGGCUAAGAGGAUGGCACUAGAUUUCUGGACCAAUCACAAAGCAAAUCAUACUGGAUUACUUUCGACACUCAGUUGGCAGUAGGCCAUUUAACAGUUGUGUGCUUAGUUGCCAAGCCUUUGAUUUGGAGUGAGGCUGAAGGUGACCUGGUUGUGAUAGAGACCAAUAUCUAGUUAUCAUGGUAACAAAGUAAUUUACAUUUGAAAAGCAGCAACGUUUGCAUCAUCACGAGGUCACUCUUAGCCUCAUUUCUGUUCAAAGGUUUGGCAACCAAGCACGCCACUGUAAAAUGGACUAAUACUGUAAUUCCCCAGCGAUUUGGAGACUAUUUUGUCUUCAAUUUUGGAGGUGAGACGAAAGGUAGUCGAUGGUUUUACGACUCGUCAGCCCAAUUUAAAUCUGUGUAAAAUGGUAUUUUCCAUUCAAGAUGCAAUUUGAUAUGUAUAUUUUCUGGGUAUUUUUGAUAGUGGUGUUGGUCGCCAUACUACCUUUAGUGAAGAAAUGGCAAAGAACGUAGUUUCCUAAGUGUAUCCUUUAAUUCAAUCAUUUCUUGGCUUAAAUUAACUUUUGGGCAACUUUCCUUGAGCUUUUUUAAUCCCAAAAAAUGGAGCUCUUUGAAGUUGUUUUCCUGAGAAAAGUUGUCAUCCCAGUGGUGAAUGUUAGGUAAGCUAUUUAUUGUGCUGUCCGUGUACAGUGUCUGUUAAAUCUAUCCAAAAGUAAAUACCAGAUAUAAGCUGUAAGAUUAUCCAUAAUAAACCUUGUUAAACGUU